GACGGAGACGAAGCUCAGCUUCGUCUCCCAGAUACUGAACGUUUUCCGCCUUUUCCACCCUGCCCAGCUGUGGCGCAGUCUCCUUAGCGCUUACAUCGCUGUGCGCCCGAGGCUCCGCCCCUUUUACGCUGGCAGUUGGGAAAACCAGGAGACGGGAUCGCAGCUGCGGAGCCGGCGAUGUGGCUUCGGGCGGCGCAGUGCGCAGGCGCGAGCGGUCGGCGCGGCGCGCGCGGCGCUCGGUUGAAGCAGGAGUGAGUUCCUGGCUGAGGAGACCGGCCAGUGGCGGCGGCAGGCGAGUGAGCGCCUCGUCUCUCGUCUCCUUUCUCUGCCAUGGCAGCGCUACGCUACGCCGGCCUGGACGACACGGACAGCGAGGACGAGCUGCCCCCGGGCUGGGAGGAGAGAACCACCAAGGACGGCUGGGUUUACUAUGCCAAUCAUACUGAAGAGAAGACUCAGUGGGAACAUCCGAAAACUGGAAAAAGAAAACGAGUAGCAGGAGAUUUGCCAUAUGGAUGGGAGCAAGAAACAGAUGAGAAUGGACAAGUAUUCUUUGUUGACCACAUUAAUAAAAGAACCACCUACUUGGACCCACGACUGGCCUUUACCGUGGAUGACAAUCCGACCAAGCCAGCCACCAGGCAGAGAUACGACAGCAGCACCACGGCUAUGGACAUCUUGCAGGGUCGGGACUUCACGGGCAAAGUGGUCGUGGUCACUGGGGCUAAUUCAGGAAUAGGGUUUGAAACAGCCAAGUCUUUUGCCCUGCAUGGUGCUCACGUGAUCCUGGCCUGUAGGAACAUGACAAGAGCCAGCGAAGCAGUGUCACGCAUUUUGGAAGAGUGGCACAAAGCCAAGGUAGAAGCAAUGACCCUGGACCUUGCUCUGCUCCGUAGCGUGCAGCAUUUUGCUGAAGCAUUCAAGGCCAAGAAUGUGCCUCUUCAUGUGCUUGUGUGCAACGCUGCGGUGUUUGGUCUUCCCUGGAGCCUCACGAAAGAUGGCCUGGAGACCACCUUCCAGGUGAACCAUCUGGGCCACUUCUACCUGGUCCAGCUCCUGCAGGACAUUUUGUGCCGCUCGGCCCCUGCCCGUGUCGUCCUGGUCUCUUCUGAGUCCCAUAGAUUUACAGAUAUUAAUGAUACUUCGGGAAACCUUGACUUUAGCUGCCUAUCUCCAUCGCGAAACGACUACUGGGCCAUGCUGGCCUACAACAGGUCCAAGCUCUGCAACAUCCUGUUCUCCAACGAGCUGCACCGCCGCCUGUCCCCACGCGGGGUCACAUGCAACGCCGUGCACCCGGGGAACAUGAUGUAUUCCUCCCUGCACCGCAGCUGGUGGGCCUGGACGCUGCUGUUCACCUUGGCGAGGCCUUUCACCAAGUCCAUGGCCUCUGUGGGUGCCACUAUGGUGGAAAAAGAUACUUUGGAAACCAGGUCACAGAGGAAAACGCCUCAUAUUUUGAGAGCUGAGAGGUCGCUGCGGAAGCACAGAGGAAGCCCGGCCUAAUUGCGUUGGUAAUGUGAUCCAGUAACUCAUCCCACGCACGCGAAGGUGGACGGCUGGACACUUCCUAUCCUUCAGCCACACAGCGCCCCUGUUUUCCUGGGAGAGACAUCUGUGCUGCAGCGGUGAUUACAGUGCCGUGGACAGACCCUCGCUGUUAGAGUAUAUGGCUCCGGUUUAAUAAAAGGUAGUAUAUUAAAAUGGAAUCGAUGCUAUUAUUUGUCAGGAUUGGACAUGUUAUAAACCAGAUUAAAACUUUGAUAAUACAAAAUCCAGGGGGAGGGAUCUUAGGGUUAUCGAACACCUACUAUGUGUUGACGACCCCCGUGGAUGCCUUUGAGACCCUGUGGCAAAAUGCCUUGUGCAGUAAACCAAGAGUGGCCUCUCUGAUAUAUUAAUAUAUUUAAUCAUCAGACUUUGAGUGUUAAGGAAGAUUACAGUAGAGGCAUCCAGUUGAUUAGGGAAUAGUCACUGCAAAUGAUAAUCUCUUUUGAAUAAGCCGAUACCAACUUAAUGAAGUUUUGCUGGGCAUUAUUUUCUCUUUGCAACAGAAAAUGGGAGUGGUUGCCAUUCUCACCCAUCAGUCUUGGACCUUUUGCUUAGGAGUAGUGACGCUCUUGUCUCUUGCUGCAUGAGAACUGGAAGAAUUUUUAACUAAUGGAUUUUUUCUUUAGCCUGGGGUUUCUGGCAUUCUGAGAUGUAAGUGCUCUGUCACUGACGUGCAUAAAUAAAAACGAGCAGAUUAGCUGGGGAAGUAGAGCUGGAGCAGGGUCUGCCUGCCUACCUGAGUCGUGCAUCUGUUUCUGGAAAAAGACCGACAAGUAUUCCACUGCUGGUCACUGGGCUGGUUCUCCAGGUGCUGCCUUUGGCUGGGCUAUUUAAAAUGCAUCCCUAUUACCAAUCUGAGGGGCUGGUUUUAGCUAAAUUCUUCAUCUGGCUGUAGGGCUUCUCAGGGUUUAGAAAUAUUUCCUUUGUCCUCCAAGUUCUGGACAGAAGUGUGGCUCAAGCUCCCUAGCCCCUGCCCUUCUGCAGCAUGUCAAGGAAACUGAACGGAUUAAAAAAUAAAAUAAAAUAAAAUAAAAUAAAAUAAAAUAAAAUAAAAUAAAAUACAUAGCUCACGUUGAUACCACCCCACCGUCUGCCACUUUCAAGCUGGUACUUGCAGCCUCUCUGGGGCGGUGGUUCUGCUCCCUAUGGUCUUGGUGAGUGUUUUAAGAAUGUGCCCAGUCUGAGCAGUGCAUGCUUCUCUUUCCCAUCAGGGGCCUGCCUGGCAUUUGAGUCAGGUCCCUUAGCACUUCUUAGCCCCUGACAUCAGUGUCAGAGCCCAGCAACAAAGGAAAGGCUGCGGAGAUGGUUUUUCUGGCUGCUCCUUGGUUACUGGCGCAGAGCCAAGUGUGUAGUUGUUUAAGGCCUUCUGUUUGAAAAUAAAUUGAAGUACCUCGGAGGAGACAUGGGGGGCACAUGUGGCCUGAGUGCUACUCUCCCAAGGGCCCACUUAACAGCUUAGAAGGGACCCAUGUGCCCAUCUAAGUGAGAGAGGUGCUUCCCUGUAGAGCUCUUCUGUGUGGGCAAAGAAGCCCCUGUGCCGGGCCCACUGGCUGGACAGCAGUCUCGCGCCGCCUGUUCUGGGUCUGGGCCACAUUCGACUAGCCCCAGAGUGCUUGCUGCAGGGACCCACCUCUUUCUUUCUUGCUCCCAAAGAUGCUCUUGUGUUCUUUUAGGACAGCUGGCUCCAGCUUCCUAGGUGUGUGUGGGUCUGAACCUGACAGGCAAACCCAGGGGUCUGCAGUGCGUCCUUUAAACAUCUCAGGCUUGCCCCACUCCUGUCCUUCCUCUUUUCCCUGGGUCAUCCCCCCCACCCCCCAUCCCUGCACUACCGUAGUUUUUUCUUUUUUUUCUAUGCAAGCUGCAUCUGAAAGGCCCAGCCUGUGGCCUUGGGCCCUGAUAAGAUCUGUCUGUGCACCUUUGUCUGGCCUGUACCUGCCUUUUCUGAAUGGCCUUGUUAAUUGCAAUUGACUCCCAUAGAAUGUGGAGAGCAGCACCACUUGACACCAGACUAAUGCUCCUGAGUUCUCCACUGUGCCCUCAGCAGCAGGGGGAGGGGCAGGAGGGAGUCAGUGGCAAGGCAGAACACUUCGGAUCCCAACAAAGCACCAUUAGGACUUUCCAUUGGUCGAAUAUUAUCAUUUCUAGGAAUUCACAGUAAAAUCCGAAAGAGCUGGGAAUUUUACAGUUAUAGCUCCUGUGAAGAUGCAAAGGAGUUUUUUUUUUUUUUUUUCCAUUUCCAAACUUUAAUCUGAAACAUGUAGAGAAAAGAACUUAGCAGAUACCUGUGCGAUAGGCGUCUACACCAGGAGAAUUUGUUCCUCUGCGGAGUGAGUGCCCUGUGCCUCCCAGGAUCAAGACUGCCUCCCUUUAAAACCUCCUGGCAGACCUAUGGGGGACAGAUAGAAACUGACUUCUGAGGUAGAAAAGCAAAGCUACAAGACCAUCCUGCUAUCCAAUGCAGGCGCUGCUGUGAUUUGGGCAGCCAUAAAAUAGGACACGUGGAAACCUGAAAACUCGAGGCUGUUCAGCUGGACACCCAGGCCAAGGUGGGGAGCUUCCUCAUUUCCCAGGCCUGUUGGACCUCAGCAUCAGUGAGCUGCAGGCAGGGAAGCAGAGCGAGCUGGUCCUUACUCAGGGCAGGCACUGGGCACAGCUUUUCCUUGCCUUGCAUCCUAGGAAACCUCAUCUCAUCAGAGUUAUGUUCCCAUUUUUCAGAUGAGAAAACCAGAGUGCAUAGAGCAGAAAAAAUGUUCAAGAGCAGUCUGUUUCCUUCUUACACAGUGCUAGGCAGUUUCAUUCCCUGCGAGCCUCAGCUAGUACAGUUACACGACCAAGCCAGCAGACAAAGCUGGUUCAUUUUCAUUUAUGCGAGGGGCUCAAAGUUAAAACUGUUAAAUGGUGAGAAAAAUGGGUGUGAGCAAUUCUAAGGAAGCAGGUGGAAAGCUGCAGGUGUGUACUACCUGGAUGCAAGAUGAUGUUUUUAGGUCUUUGGUAAUUGUCACUGCUAUAUAAGAAAUGUUUUCCCGUAAGGUCCAGAUUUCUAGGCCUUACUUAAUGCCUUUGAAUUUCAGAGGCAUUAAAGUUGGCACCUCUGGGCCAAAUUUCUGGCAUCAGAAUUGACACAAGGCACCAGAAAGUCAGGCUUCUCUUCACAUGGGGCGCAGACCCCCUGGUUCCUGUGUUCUGCACCUCUCCUGCUUCCCUGUCUGAAGGAACUUCCUGGCCCUGGGGACUUUGGGGUAAUAGGUAGCUGUUGAGGGAAGAAGGACACUGGGUGAGAAAGAACCAGCAGUGGCAGAACUUCCCGGGGCCAUGUGUCACUUUGGUUCACCUGUGUAACGGAGCUGCUGGGUGAGCUGUGCCUAGAGAUUACCAGUGCUGUGGCAGGAACUGAGAAAAUCCUCCUGCUGCUAUUUAAUUUCUCACCCCCAUUCCUUCAAGGUUAAAGGUGUGGAACCCAGAAAAUUGUUUGGGAGCCAGAUAGAGGCAAACAAACUGGGUUUUGCAAGUAGCUGCCUUCUCCAAAAACCAUUCUUUUGCUUAGAUUUCAUAGUGACCCCCAUUGAGAACAAAGCCUUGCACACCGUGUGUUAUUUUUCUCAGGUCUAAGUUUCUCCCUAGAGAUUCUCCCAAAAGGAAGGGCAGGGAAAGAGAGCCCCAAAACCAAGCCAGGAUCAAAUGCAAAUAUGACAAUAGGACUCAUCCUGGGUAGAAAAAGCCUCCUUUUUAAUUAGAAGCCUGGAAGGACAUACCCUUUAAUUGCUGCGCUUGUAGUGUCAGGGCUAUCAAUAUCGGAGCCUCUUUCAUUAAUAAAUUGGCAAGUCAGAAAGCGGCAGGAGUGGGAGCCCUCUCCCCCCAUUUUCUCCCACCCCAAGCUCCACUUAAUCAAAGGCAGACUCAAUCAAACAGGAGAAAGAACAUGUAAAUCAGCCGCAUUCAUUCUGCAGGCCUGAAAUAGGUAGGAGGAAGGAAACAUGAAAGAGAUCCUGGAGCCUUCCUUUCCCUGCCACUGCCCUGCUGUGGUGCGCCCAAGCUAGAGGUAGUUAAACAGCCCCGAAGAUUGCCAGCGACUCCUGGAAUGCCUGGGUUUAUGUAUGGAUUAACACAGUGAUAGACCCUGAGUAGCAAAAGACGAAGACUAAUUACCUGACAAAGCUCCCCUCCACUCGCCUGGGUCAUUGAAAUUAAUUUCUGCUUUCAGGCUUGGCAGAAAGCAGCUGCAGAAUUUCAGUUCAAUACUCAAAUUAACGGGGAGCCAAAAUUAUUUCUCUGCACAGGCUGGUAUUAGAGGAGUGGGUUGCCAAAUAGAUCUUGAUCACAGACACUAAAGAAGGGAUUAUUCUUCCCUCUUCAUCAAGUGCCUGAAGUCCUUGGAAAGUGCAGAAGGGGAGGGGGAAGUGAGGAAAAGAAGAAAAACAACAACCCGUUUAUUGGAGAGUUAACACUUAAAUGCUUUACUAAAUUGGGCGUGACGUCCACGUGUCCAAAACCUCCUGGCCCCACAAUAACCCUCAGUUUCUCCCCAUUUAACCAAAACACUUCAAUUAAAUUAAUGAUUCCCAUAAUAUAUAUUUGGAAUGGAAAUCUAAAUCAAGAGGUAACUUUUAAAUACCUAUUCUAUAGCAUCCUGUUUUCAAGAAGGUCAAGAAGGUAUUGAGCUAUUUUAUUUCAAGGUGAAAGAAAUGGAUGGGAAGGCUGGGUACAGGGACUUGAGGGGAGGCAGGAAAGGGCUGGGAGCCUGAGGCAGGAUUUGAACUCAGAGAGUCAGUUACCAACUUGCUCUUUCUGUCCCAUCGUGCAGACUUCUUUAUUUUUUGCUUAAAACUUUCUCUUUGCUUCUUCUGCUUUGCGAUUCCUGCCUUCAUUUCACUCUUGAUGGAACAUACAGACUUUUCUGAGUGCUGUGUGUGUGCACCAGGUCAAACUCAAUGCUGUUUAAACUCACUGUUCUCCCACUGUUUGUUAGGACCAGCCACCUGUGGGGGUGGCACUCAAGGAGGCUGCAUCCCCAACUGCUUGCAGCGGGCUUUUGCUGUCUAGAAAGUUGCGGUCACUCCAUGACCACUAUUUGUUUGGCUUCCAUAGAGGCUGUAGGUCCAUACCAAGGGUAUGCUGGUCAUGAGGCAUGCUCAGUCACAGGGGAACGAAAAUUAACACUUUCCUAAUUCUGCCCAGUCCUUUGGGUUGGGAAACAGUGUAUUAAUUAACCCAAUUUUGCAUUCCUUGCUGGCUGGGUUCAAACUAUGGAACUCAUCCACUUGGAUGUAAAACCCUAAAAUUAUUCCUCAUAGUAGCAUUGGUUGAGCAUUCUUAGUCCAAAAAUCUGAAAUUUUCUGAGUGUAAAACUUCACAGAACAUCCCAUUUAGCAUUGGGGCCCCAGCUAAUGCCUGUGUAUCUAACAAAACAAAAUCAACCUUGACAAGGUUUUCCAAAGGGCGAAACUGAGGCUGCAGGAGAAUCUGUGACCAGCACAAGUAUCCACAGCUAGUAAUACCAAGCCUCGAACCCUCCUUUCUGUGUCCCCAGCAGGGCUCUGCCAAGUCACCCAUGAGUAGCGAUUAGGCCCCAUCUAACGUGUCCAGCUUAAAACCAGUGACCUCGAGGCAAAUGACUUCCACUUCUCAUUACCAUCCCCUGGGCCGUCCAGCCCCCAGCAGGAUAGGGAGGUUAAUCAGCCACGCACUGAAUCUGCUUAUAAGGCUGUUUCGUGUACGAUUUUUAUAUCUCGGCUCCUAAUAAUGGUCCCAUUAUAAAUGAUUGUCUCACUAUGAUAUACUGGUUCCUUGCCUUCUAGGAACUGAUUUAAAAGGAAGCCCUGGACUUCUUGUGCCUGUGGAGUUUAUUCAUAUCGUUCUUUGCUUGCUCAGCAGCUGGAGGGGUAUAGGGGCCAGCCCCGCUCCAAAAAAAAAUAUUUUCUUCUCAGCAUGAGGCAGUUGCCGUAAUUAGUAACCUCCGGUGCAUUUGAUAUCUUAAUAACAUUCUAUAAAAACAUCGCUGCUCCUCCCUGUCUCCUGCCUAUCCCCAAGCUUCUGACCUAAUGGGCAGUGCCCACAGAGAAAUGGUCACCCCUGCGUGUGUCACUUUCUUUCUCUAUGCAACUAACUGAACAUUUUAAUUAUUUCUAGGGUAACUUUGGAGCGCAGGUCAUGGCAGAGAUAUAGCAUCAGGGAGUGUGUUUUCAAACCAAACACAUGGGCGUGUUUAUCCAAUAGUUACUUAUUUAGUAUCUAUUAUAGGUCAGGGCUGGGAAGGUACUGCAGGACAGAAUAACAAGAUGCAUCAGGAAAACCCGGGGUGCGUAUUAGGAAUAUAAAGAGGGAUUACCAAAGAAAAUGCACUUUCUGGGGUUUCUCAUGGUUGUAAUCAUUAAUAUGUGGGUGAGCUUUGAUCAUAUUUCAUGAGUCACAAUCAAGAAAAUCAUUAAAAAGGGCUUUGUUUCCUUGAAAAUUGGAUAACAUGGGAUGUUUAAACUUCUUCAAUUUCUUCUCCAGAUGUGAAGCAGUUCAUGUCCCAGCCACAGUGGGGUGCUGGCUGCACUCAGCAGGUGACAGAGCCUGGCCUGGGGCCUCUGGGCACUGCCUGAACCUGCCAUCAUCUCUUUUCCUCCCUUGUUUUGGCACCUUGCUUCUUGUCCUUUACCUCUCAUAAAAAUGAGACCUGCUGAGAGUCUAUCUUAGUUUCCUGUUGCUGCCAUGACAAAUAAUCACAAAUUGGUGACAAAACACGUUCCUGCUGAUUUGAAUCGCUAGUGGUACGUGCAUGACCUUCCCAUCAGGUGGCUAUUAUUGCCCAGGGUGAGUGUCCCAUGCUGCUUAAUGGGACAGUCAUGCAUGUAUCGCUGGUGGCUCAAGUCACUUGUCUGUGAGACAUACAAACUACAGCUCCCUCAUGAACACAUUCAACCCACAUUCCCCCACCUGACUUGCAUCAGGAGCUGGUUUUAGGAAAGACAAGUUUUCCACAGACUACAAAACGAGGACAGGAGUCCUAGACCCUGCCAUGCACAGUUCACAGCAGGAUUCGCACUCCUUUGAGAAUCUCGUACUGCUGCUAAUCUGCCAGGAGACAGAGCUGAAUCAGUGAUGUGAGGGGUGAGGAGGGCCUGUAAAUGAUGACUCGGCAACCCUGUCUGGCUGCUCACCUCCUGCUGUGUGGUCUGGCCUAUAACAGGGCACAGACCAUAGCUGGGUAUCCCUAGCUUAAAUAACAGGAAUCUAUUUUCCUAUGGUUCUGGAGGUCAGAAACUCCAGAAGUUUUCACCAAGCUAAGAUCACACAACUGACAAGGAUGGAUCCAGGUGGCUCCCAAAGAUGAAGUGUUUGCCUGCAUUUUCUAGGAGUAGCCUUGACCCAUAGCCCUCUCUGCCACAGUUGAAGUUGUACCUUAAAAUCCUUCUUUGACUCUACCCAUCGUGUUUCUCUUCUCUAUCUUUUGGUGCUCUGUGCUUCCAUUGGGCUCUCCUGAACAGUUCAGCAUGACCUCAGAACUGUAGCUUGGCUUUGUAAAGUCCCCUUGGCCACACAGAGAAACCUAUUCUCAGCUCCUAGGGGGUUGAACAUGGCAUCCUUUGGUGCCAUAAUUCUGCCUACUGCUGUGCCCUACCUAAUGAAGGUAAUGUCCCUCUGUCUUCCACCACAGUCCUUUUUUCCUUAGCUUUGUAAUCCACAUACAUCACAGCUUAUGUAUGUCACAUUUUCUUUUUAUUUACUUGCUUUUUCUUUUUAUGUAGAUCUAGACAUAGACUCUCUGAGGGCAGAGACCAUGCCCAGCACCUCCUUCUUUUUAUCUCCCCUUAGCUAAAAUGAACUUCCCUGUCCCCCUCAGGCCAUCUUGGUACUGAGUGAGAAAACUCCUUCAGCUUGCGGAGGAAAAGUAUAGAAUAGGGUGGAAAGUGAAGGAACAUGUAUGCUCCUAGGCAAGAGAAAACUCUAGAGACGUAACUGUUUCAGGCUCUGCUGGACCCAGGCAAACAAAAAGACACCAUGAGAGUUGGUCUCUUCCCUUUGUUGCUGAGGAACUUCCUGCUUUGAAGAAUAGCCAGGAAACUCGUAAAGCCCAGCCUGGAGUUGAGCUUGGUGACCUAGUUGGGUCACAUCCUUGAGUCAGCCAGGGGUAGUGAUGUGAAAGUCACCUGCUGUGAUGCUCAGGGACAGGUGAAUGAGGAGCAUGGGAGGACUCUGAACAAAGGAAACCGAAACACCUCACCACGGGAGUGAGCACUAGCCAGACAGCAGGGACCGAUCAAAACUAACUGCUUUCAGUCUUGCUUACCUUUCCCCACUUUGGAGACUGGGUGACUUCUCAAAUUUCUUUGGUCUUUGCACAGGUUUACAUCAGUACCUGAAUUAGCACACGGUUCUGCAGUGGUAGCCUCUUUUUGGUAUACAGUGGAAUGAAUCACUGCCAAUCACCUGUGGAUCCAUUAGACAAGAAAAGGGACAUCCUCGGUAUCCCAGCCCCUGAGUGCAGCCUUAUCUCCCCAUUUCACCUUCUCCUGCCACCUUCAAAUGAGGGUGGGCAUUUACCCCCACAAUUGCAUUAAAUACCAGCGAUAUAUUUCUCCUGAGUAUGUACUAAGUUUUAGUGCAUUGACACCUUAGACUACACCUUAAUCUGGAUAUCACCUGGUUGGUUUACACGGACCCACCAGGAAUGUCUAAAAUCAACAUCAGAAAUGUACUAGCUAAGGCUGGUUGUAUUAAAUAGCAUAUUUCUGCCUUUGGGGGAUCCCUGUUCUUUUUCCCAACAACUAGGAAGUGGUUUUUAUUGCUAUUUUUUUUUUUUUUGUAAAAAAGUAACAUUAGUAAUCCCUUUGGCAGAAAUUUUAUAUCAAUGGUGAGCUUUUCUUUUCGUUUGCUUUAGCUUAGUCUUUUCCAUUAUUCAGCUGGCUCCUUGAACCCUCUUAUCUGUACCCCACACUUAUUCACCCAGAACAGGUGUGUGCCACCUUGGAGAAGAUGAAGCCAGAAAGAAAAUCAGUCAGACAGGAAUUAUGUUGAAAGAUGACUGAAUAAAUUACUGCCUCCCUGGAGUCCUAUGAAAAAUGGCUAUUUCUGCAGGGUGUCAAAGCACCUUUUUCCUCUCUAAUUCACACAUAUCCCUAUACAAAGGCCUGUGGUGGCAGGGAAUGGGCUUCUAGGCUGUGUGGGGGCUCUGAGAUCUGCUGCCCUUGGCAUAGGAAUCAGUGAUGAAGGCUUUCCUUUCCCUGUGCCCCCUGCCUGCUGGCCUAUGCUCUGGGACAGAUUCUCAUCACAGUCCUCUUUGUGGGUGGCUCUGGUGUCAGCAGGUCACUAGGCACAAAGAGAGAUGGAAUCCAGGGAACUCUAACAUCAGUUGUCAAGCAGCCAAUCAGAGAAGUUAAAUUGCAACUCAGGAAGAAUCAACCCGGCUGGCCAGGACUUAGUCAGCAACAUCUGAGCUCACAGCUUGGUACCAACCAGAGAAGGGCCAUGUGCCUCCCAGACUGGUCCUUUAGGGAGUAACACUUCCAGCCCCUCAGCCUCAGCCUCCUCAUGCAGAUGGUCUCUGGAUGGAGAAUACCACUCUGCCAUCUUUCACUAUCAAACUUCCUCUUGCCCUCCUGGCAUUCCAUUCUUUCCAAAUGCUGAUGAUGGUGCUGGCUGCCUGGAGAUAGCAAGCUUUGAGUAAAUGGCCUCUGUUCUUAUUGGAUGGCCUUUGUUUAUUUCUGUACUAAUUUGUCCUUCUUUACCCCACCCCCACAGGGCUCUUCCUCUUUCCACAUACUAUGACCUUGAUCUUUCCUAAUCCUUCCUUCUUCCUUUAUUUUCUGACCUUCAUUUGUGGCUUUUCCCACUUUUGACCUCUGUUGAAGUUAUUGUUACCACUUUUUUUUUAAUGUUAAGUAUUUAUGAUAUACUAGUUAGGUUCACACAUCAUCUCAUUUAAAACUUAGGAAAACUGCACAAAUGCCCAGAUUUUACAGGCCUGGUAAAUGAACCCAUAAACAGAUCAAAUGACCUUGGCUUCCCAAACUUAUAAGCAACAGCAAGAGAAGCAGCAUCAAAAUUAAGGUCUAUGAUUGAGUUUAAAACCUUGGCCACCAUUUCAAUCCAUCCCUCCUAUCUAUCACUCUUACUUAAUUUUAUUUAUAUGUCUCUCACAGCAGCUGAAUGCUGGUAGGAUUGGAAAAACAUCUGAGGAAGGAGGAAAAGGGGACAGAGGAGAUGAACAGAAGGAUGAAUCUAGAUUGAAAAAAGGAAGACUGACUAAACUGCAUAAAAGGCAUCUCAUUUUUUAAAAAAAUAGAUUACUGCACACAAUGGCCAUCGUGUUUCUCUAAUUUCUUCAGGAUAUACUUUGAAGAUGAAAACGUAUGCAUAUCUGCUUAGCAUUCUCUUUUUUAGAAAAGCAUGCUCAUAUCUGCAAAAAUACAGUUUCUCUCUUAAAUUGCAUACACUGGAUAAACCCGCAUUCCGUAUGAGCACAGAUCUAGUUUUGUCACCCGUCUGAAACUGUGUCCCAGUACCCUGCCUCCAACUACUGUCCACCAGGAUGUGACAUCCGCCUUUGCUUUAGGAGCCUGAUAUUUGCGCCAUGACUCAGCCCAAAGCUAAGGCUCAGCUGCAUGAAUUCAGGACAUCCACAAGCAAAUACAUUUUUCACGUAAAGGUUGUUCACCUUAGUCCUUGAUGGUAUCAUUAGCAUUUGUCGUCAUAGUGAUGUAUUUAUUAUAAUUGAGGUGUUCUCAGGAAACCAGAUUUAAUAGUUUUAAAUCAGAGGCCAACAUGGACUUUUAGGCAUUCCAUUCACAGUAAAUUUCAUGCAUGGUGAAAGGUUAGGGAAUGGGUUUCUAUGGCAUGCCUCUUGCAUCUCACAAAUCUCAGCUGGUCUACCAUCACUCCACUCUGGGGUCUUGUGAGCCAGCCACACUGAUAUGGACAGGAAAUUUCAGUUUACACCAUCGACUGUGUAGCAUCUCUUCCAUUGAAAAUAGAGUGGGGAAAAAGGGUAGCUUAGCUGCUGAGCUUGUAUCCUAAACCCUUAAAGCACUAAGAUUUGCCUUAAUGGAGGAACCCAUAACCCCAGGAGUGACAGGAAUUUGGCUUUUCUUGAAUUCAAUUUAUGGCCCCUUGACUGCUGAAGCCAUUGCCCAUCUGUUCAGCUAUCAUGUUCAUGAAGGAGGUUGGACCCCCACCCCCAGGCACAGGUACUUGGCAUCCCUCAGUUGGUAUCAGGAACUUGCAAAAGUUUCUUACAUCAUAAGCACCUGCGUGGGACUACUGUGCACCAUUUUUCCUUAAACUGCCCUAUUUCCUGCACGCACAUCCCCAGCAUACUUAAACAGGACAAUGAGAGAGAGCCCUGAGGUGCCGCAAUGCUCUGGUGCUUUGUAUCUACAGAAAAGAUGUAACGAUUGAGUUAGACUCUUAAAUAUCUGUGGCUGUCAGGUUGAAUACAAGCAGCUAUUCAGUGUUUUACUCUGGCAGGAGAACAAGUCCCCUGGAGGUGGGAAGCCAUGCAGGUCUCUGGAAGUGUGAGCAGAUUGUUAAACAGGAUCAGAGGUGGCCUGGACAGAUGCCAGCUCCUACCCUUUGUGCUCAUCCCCAAGGCUGGGGAUGAACUUUUGCCUUAACCUGUUCCAUGCGUGGAGGUGCCCAGUUUCCACCAAGGACGCCAUGCUUGGACUUCAGCAGAGCCAGCUCAUGCUCCCAGGGCUUGUCCCCUGCCACUCCUUCUGCCAGCAGAGCAGAUGUUGAGCCCAGAGCAGGACUGAGGAGCAUAGGUAUAGCAUCCUGAAGCCAUGGCAACCCCCAGAGCAGGACCGAGGAGCAUAGCUGCAGCAUCCCUAACCAUGACAGCCUCCCUCAGUGUCAGAGAGGUUGGACUUGGGAAUCAGACAGCUGAGGAAAGAUCUGGGUUAAAACCCAAACCAUUACAUAAACCUUUGUAAGUCCCUCCUGUCUACUUAGAGCAAUGUGUCUUUCCACAGGCCAGGCAGAGAGAAACUCAGAGGCUUAGAGUGGUGAUGGAGGAGGAGCCCAGGAUUUAGAGAGAGAAAUCGGGAGUUGAAGAUGGCUUUGGUCCUUCACCUGGAUCUCUGAUUUAGAUGGAGUCUCCCAACCUGGUAGUUUGCAGAUUCCUUGUUAGCCAGUGAAGUUAAUAUGUUGGUGUGAGAAUUAGGAGCAAUAAGUCCCUUUUUAAAAAGGAAAACCAUCAUACAUUUACUGUCAUUACUAUUUAUUCAUAUCAGGAAUUUGUAUUAAGUACCUACUGUGUACUGGACUGUAUUUUAAGUGUUAGUAAGAUUUUGAAGCACGAACUAGACAGUAUCUCUCUACUUUUGUCUUAGUUACUUUUCUCUCUCAUGGUUCAGACAAAAUACUUGGCGCCCAAGUUAGGGAAGGAAGGUUUGUUUCUUACACGUUGGAGGUUUCAGUCCGUACUGGCUCCAAGGCAAAAUGACCUGGCUGAGGGGCAGCAGUUCAUGGCCGCCCCUGCAGCAAAGCGGGAACCAGGCAAAACAGAGAAGACACGCCUUCUUCCUGCUGUUACCCUGUAUGCUGGCUCCAUCCCCAGGGCGUGUAGCACUCACACCACCAGCCCCAGUGCUAGACAAUGAACCAAUCACAAAUGCUGGAUUUGACCGUGUCCAGGACAUGAGGCUUGGGAAUGGGGGGAUCGGAACAUACACUAUACGCUGGGAAACCAAGCAAGCAGCCUGCCUCCCUGCUAAGCAAUAGUGAGCCUACUGGUGCGCGGCCGAGAGUCAAACAUCCCACUUCCCCUACCCCGCUUCUCCUGUCCCCCCAUUAGCAAAUGGGAACCAGAAAUCUGAGCAUCUCCUGGGAGGUUGACCAUAGCAAAUAAGGGGGAUUUCCUUCUACCAUCUCUUUGAAGGCAAAUAUUUUUAGUUAUUGUUUUGCUCUAUUCUGAUUAAUGGUACUGCUCUAUUCAAUAUUCUGUUUUGAUACGUUCUAUAAUGUUCUGUAUUUCAUUUUAUUUUGAUAUAUGUGAUUGAAAGACAACUAUUAUAAAGACAACGAAAUAUACUGUGAUACCUAUUACUGUUAUCCCGGUACCCUGCUGUGAAGUGCUGUACCAACUUCACUGUACGAUCUUAGUUGGCUUUAUUCUAUUUUGUUCUGUUGUAUUUUACUUCUUUCAAAUAAAAUUCAAACAAACAAACAGCAACCUUCAUGGUACUUGCAUUCUAAAGAAGCUGGAAGAGCAUUAACAGGUAAACUAUAAACUGGACCCUGGAGCAGGGCCCCAAGUUCCUUCCAGAUUCUGUUUUCCUCAGGAAGUGAAUAGUAUUUUCAUGUGAGCAAUUACAUAUUUUUUCAUAUCUAUUUAUCCCACAUUUAUAAAAUGUAUCACAUUAUAUAAAAAUAUGCAUAUAGUAUAAAAUCUCUUAACUUUUCUUAACUCAAAUUCUAAGCAAAUGAUGUGGAAUUUGCUUUAUUGUUGUCUUGACUUUAGAAAUGGAUCAGCAUUUAUUAAGUGGGUCCUAAGGUCUCCUGCAUGCUGCAGUUGUAAAUUAUUUCAUUGUGUUUGUGUGUGUGUGUGUGUGUGUGUGUGUGUGUGUGUGUGUGGGUGUAUUUGUCAGGGUGCUUGAAGAAGAUUAAACACUGAUAUCUCAACCAUAUGACCCAUCCCAUCAGAACAUCUGUGUCUGCCUUUGGCCUUGCAAACUACUUUGGUCUAACCAGAGGCCGUCCUCAGGUCUUCUGUCACUUUCUCAUUAUUGUCAUUCAAAACCUUACUCUGCACUGUAGUCCCUGCCCAUCUCAUGUCACCAACAACUGAGAUUCCAGCUGAGCCUCACUGAUUCCCUCCGGCCCUGGCUGCUGGGCUGAGACUUGAACUCUGGUCUUGCACCUUCCUUUCUGUUCUCUGCCUCUGCUUCCCCCAGCCUCUCAAGGGAGUGGGCUUUGGCCUCUAAAUUUGAUUCAAUUUCUUGGACAAAAGCUUCUAAAGUGCUGCAGACCACGCCUCGCUUUUCUGAGAACUUGAUGUAAUAAGUUGGCUUGAUCUCCUCAGCCUGUAUCUUGAGGGAACAAGUAAAUUAAACAAGUAAUUAUAUCCGUAAUGUUUUUAGAAGUAAGAAGAUUUAAAUAUAUGAAUCUCAUCUGAAUGUGCAGCCUUUUGUCUGUAGUGUUUCCUGCCAAAAGAUCUCUUGACAGGAAAUAAACAUUAAAAUAAUCUUUAAUCCCUUGUCUGGUCUAUUACCAUUAACAAUUGAUGCACUUUAAUUUUGUGGGGUUUUAACUACAAAAUGGAACGGCUAAGUAGUGAUAAUUGGGUUUGGAAUUAUACGGUCAUUUAUAUCAACAGAGAUGCAAGAGGCUGGGAGGGAGGGUGAUUAAUUAUUUACUAUUUCCUGGCUGUGGUUCCUAUUAUAGAAUUUUCUGAUAUGUUCUGCUGCGAACAAUUAUCACCAAAUGAAAGUAAACAAAUCUGUGAUUCGAAGCCUUAUUUAGAAGUUAGACUCGAUUGGGUUGCUGCAGGCUUGGCUUCCAGGGACUCUGUGGGCUGUGCUCCUUCUCCCAGGGUCCUGAAAUCUCUGGAUCUGAGUCUGCUUAUCGUUGUGUGUCUGGAACUCCAAAAUGGACAGCUCUAGGAAACACCGUAGUUUUAAUUAAAAAAAAAGAAUUAGAGUUGGAUCUGAGUUUAUCAUCAAAGAUACGUUUGGUUGGGGUGUGUGAUUGAUUCUAUUUAUUCCGCUACCUGACUUAUUUAGUUAAAAAGGAGGGGCAAAAUUAUCAGUCCACUGUGAGAAAAAGUCUUGCCGUGCUGUUUCUCUUUGUGUUUUUAUGACUUUUGGUGCAUGUGUGUGUGUACGCCUGUAUGUGUGCAUGUUAAAGGGAGGACCAAAGCUCUGUGCCUCCGUCUCCCCCUCAUCAGCCAUGUGCAGACCGUCUAAUGGGCUCUUUCAGGGGUCAACACCUCCAACAUGCAUUUUCCUUUUCUGUCCGCUCUGGGAGCCACCACACACUCCUCAGUGCAUCAUCUUGGCUGCUCUUAUAAACAGCUCUUCCAAAGCCAAGAGCCAGACUUCUCUGACAGAUUACCUGACACCGAAGGACAGGUGAGCAUUGGAUACGAUGAGCAUGAGGAGCAGGUGGACAUUUAGGGAAAAGCCAUAGACACAAGUCUGUGACAGUCAUGGCCUCUGGUCCUGCCCUGCUUCUGCAGUCCUAAGCCUUUGAAGAUAGUUGAGGAGUCUGUCUCCCCUCUGCGUUUACAUCUUCACUUAACUCUGGAAGGCACAAAAUGCUAUCCAGUGCUUUCCAACUAGAAAUGAGGCCAUCACCGCGUAUCCAGUGGCGAGGCCCAGCACCAGGUGGCCCUGUUAGACAUGCUCCCCACCCCCGUCCAUCCCAGGGUUUCUCAUUUUGGCUGCAGAGAGUCCAUCCGUGCCACCAUCUUCACUGUCUUUGUCUGGUUCUGGUUUUCUCUUCCUGAGUCAACACAGGAGCUUCACUCUGCUGUCCACCCUCUGGGCUCCCCUGGAUUCAAAGCAUCUUCCCUGUGCCUCUCCCAGCCACAGAGGCGCUUGCGCUUCCUGACUCUUUGGCCUGGCACCCUGUAUCAUGUCCCAUGAUGACAGAGUCCUGGUGACUCCCUGUCUUGAUGGUGUACACUGAUGUCACUAAAGAGAACAAGGCAGAAGUGACAGGCUCAAUCCAGACUCACCUCUGCCCUUAAGUCAAAUGUGACCCCAGCUGGGUUGAAGUAGCCACCGCCCCCCACCCCAACAGUGCAUAUACCCUCUGCCCUUGGCGGUCUGGCCCCUGCUAGUUUGCAGCUUGUCCUCAGUUUCCCCAGACAUAGUUCCUAUGGAGAUGGAGGCUGCCUUGGGGGUUCCAGGAUGGGAGGUGCACACAGGCCUGUGGAGGCUCGCUUCUAGAAGCCGGCUUCACUCCAGAUUUUUGUUGUGUAGUUGUUAUUUUUUUAUUCUUAUUAACUUUUUAUUAUUACUAACAUGGGAGCAGUGUAGGAGAUUGGUGAGGAUCAUUGUAUUUGGGAAAAAUAGUUUGGUGAUGGAUAAACUGCGUGGCUUAUCUCCUGGGAAGCAGCCUCGGGUGAUUUUGAUUUUUCACUUGGCCCUAGAAUUUCUCAGCCUCUACAGUGUUGUGCAGGGACGACCUGUGCUAUACAAGGCAUUGAGCAAUAUCACGGCUCCAUCCGUUGAUGGCAGUAGCAUCACCUCCCUCCUCCCCCAAGUCCUGAAACACCAAAAAUAAUGGCACUGUUGCCACACACCCCUGGAGUACCAAAUCACCCAGGUAGAUGACCUUUACUUAGGGUUGUUCGCUACACUAUAGAUUUUUAUUCCACGAAAAAUCAUUAUUUCUACUAUUCUAUUACCAAAAUAAUGAAACAGAAAAGUUUUACUAAGGCUGGAAUGAUAACAGGAACUGCUAUUUAAAUCAUGUUCAUCAUGCAUCGGGCCCCACUCUAAACCCUUGCUGUGCAGUCACUAAUGUAACCCGCCCAAGAAUCCCACGGGGCAGUGUAUAGGCUUCCUGGGGAGGCAGUAACCCUGUGCCACAAACAGGUGGCCCAAAGCAAUGGCACUUUAGUCCCUCGCAUUUCCAGGUGCCAGGGCUCUGUAGGAUUUCCUCCAGGGCUCGGAGCAAGCACAGGCUCCCUGCCCUGGCCUCGCUUCUUGCAGCUGUCAUGUGUCCUGAGCUUGGCUUUGGCUGCAGCUGCAGGACACUAGUCCCUGCCCAUGUCUCCCUCUGUGGGUCUCUGUCUCUGCUGCCUCUUUGUGUCCAGCCUCACUUUACCUUCACUCAUGGCACUGCCCUGUUGCCAAGGAAGAUGGCAUGCGAAGGUAGAUGUGCAUUUGAGGGGGAUGCUGCUCACCCCGGGACAAGCACUUGAUACUUUUAGCCCCUUUUACACUAAAGGAUCAGAGCCGGGAUCAUGGAGAUGACCACAGAGAUAAAUGAGCCAGGCACCGAACCUGCUCUGGUUCCACGGUCCAAGUUCAGAGCUCUGCACUGGUGUCCCCAGCGUGUGCUCCUUCACCCUCAGGGCCCCCCCCCCCCACCGCCCAGGAACUCAGCAGACCAUGCUCAGGCCCCGUCCCAGGACACCAACAGAGACACUGGGGUUUUAAGAAGCCCUGUGGGGAAUCCUGGUGGACCCUAAAAUUUGAGAUUUCUGAUCAGAAGUGCAAUGUAAGGGAAAUAACAACAAUGAAAACUUUCCAGAUAUCAUUUGAGUGAGUUUUCAGACAUUUGUGAAGUAUACUUGGUUGGCAGAGCCCCACUUUGAUUUCUAAGGCUAGGUGGGUCAGGAGAGCUCUGUUUAUUUUCUCAAAGGAGCCUCCCAUCCGCUUUUCCUGUGCCAGAAGUAUUAGAGAAAUGGCAAGUGUUCACAUCUUCGCCUCCAUGAAGAUGGAAAGCGUUUUGUCAGAGAUAAAUUGAGAAAAACAUUUUCAUUUUGAUAAGUCCCUCUUCUUUUUUAGACCUACAGUGUGCCUCUUCUCCCCUGACUCUAGAAGAGCAAAGGAGUGCUCAAGCGCUCUUUAGCUGCUCUUUUCUCCUCCCCAGAGCCCUCCCUGUAGGGAAUGUAUCACACCGUUAGUGUCUAAUAAAGUCAAGUAAUUUUAGGUUCAUUGGUGCCUUGUUAAUUGAUCUUCAUUUCCUGUUUUUUCACCUCAAAGCAAACACAUCACUCACCCAUGUGACAGCCUAGAUGUUGAUCUCAGGUUAAGUGCUUGCUCUUUCAAGCUUUUAGUGUCUUUAUUUCAGAGAACCUUUCCCCAUCUGGUUGCAAUUGCAAACUGGGUCUUAAAAAAAAUAAAAUAAAAUAAUGGCGGAUUGUAUAAAAUACUGCCAUCAGCUGGAGGAGGUGAUUGUCUUAAGAGUAAGUGGUGGACAUAGCCUGUCCCCCAGGAGCCCAUCUCUAAAAUGCACCUGUGCACAGGAAAGAUUCCACUCCACCAAAGGAACAGGUUCGGUGUGUUUGGGAAGCUCUGGCCUGGGCUGGGGGACCCAAAAGGAAAUUGGAGACAUUGGUAUUUCUCCUGAGCAUGGAGUAGGCCACUUAACACAGACUCUCUGGUUUCACUGAGAGAGGUCUUGUAUGGAGAUUCAGUACUUAGCAGGUGACUCAUGCACUAAGGCAAGCUUAGGAGUCCUGGAAGGUUUUUACCUUGUUCUGUUUUGUCCUUGGGCUGUUUAUUGCUUACCACGCGGGCUUCCCCCCACACUAGGCAGGAAAAAAAAAAAAGUGAUUAAAGAUAUAGAAGCUCUCGGUAAAACUUUCAAUCUCUCCAUAAGACUGGACAAUAAGAGUUCCCUCAUUUCCAAACUCCUCUUCAAAGGAAGUCACCAUUCAAACUGUACCAUAGAUUUUCCCAGGAAUGUUACAUAAACCUACCAUCAGAUCCCCAGCUGGGCUUGACGGGCAGUUGAGUGGUACAGUGCUUGCUCAGUCUGCUCAAGGAUUUGGCUUUGAUCCCCAGCAAUCCUUAAAACAACAACAAGGGCAAAACAAAAUAAACAAAACAAGUAUGCAUAGCCAUUUAAAAAUGCACACAACACAUUAUUGAAUAAAUGUUGUUCAUUGCCUUGCUGUUUUAAUUUAACAGUGGCUUGGAGAUUAUUUAGUGGCAGUGAGUGUUGCUAGACCUCCUAAUGUGCUAUGGCUACAUAAUGUCCCGUCACCUGGAUGUCCUGUAAUUGGCCUAUUCAUCCCUCUGUGGACAGGCUUUUAAGUCACAUUUUGCUAUUACCUGUGCUUCUCCACACGCCUGUUGUCUAUGAGAGAAAGGGUGUCAAGAGAAAGACUUCCUGGUAGCGGAAAUGCUGGAGUAAAGACUUCCCAAGAAUUGCUAACUAGUCAUCUGAAAGGAUUACACAGUUUUCUCUUCAGUGUUUACACACACAGAUGUCUGUGUCACCCCACAAGUUAUCUCCACUCACAGCAGAAAGGACUCAAAUGCUAUUGAUGUGUUUAGCAAGUCAGCAAUUAGCACCCCACUUUUUAAAACAAAUGGAGCUCUCAUAAUUGUAAGGUUCUUCCGAAGCAACCAUUUCAUAACAGUGUGUAGCCUGAUCACCAAGCCUACCCGUGUUUUCCCCUUUCAGUACAUCACAUUGAUUUUCUGUAUGACUUUAUCUGCUUAAUACAAAGUGGGGUUGAGCAGUUAUUUGUCUGGAUUUGACCAUUCCUUAUCAAACAUUUAUGAUUUAGCUUUCGCCACGGCGUCUUCUUGUAAGGUGUUUCGUAUUUUUAUCUUUUUCCGUAAAGGUAGGCUUGUGUUGACAACCCUGUAAUAAAUCUCUCUUGAAAGAGAUGUGCAGAAGAGGAAGGAAAAGGACCGGGGCUCUGUGUGUGUGUGUGUGUGUGUGUGUGUGUGUGUGUGUGUGUGUGGCAGGGGAGAGGUUCCAGGAGGGACAGCGUGAAUUGUAUGUGGACUGAUGUCAUCUUUUAUUAAUAGUAAUUGAUGUCCUGACAUAGCGCUUUGCAGAAUAUUAGGACCGAGUGCUUCACAGACAGCCACAGCAGGGGCUACGCUAAGGUUGGCCAAUACAUAUGGGGGUGGGGGGAAUACAGUGAAUUUUAAAAUGACAUUAAAAACCAAAAUUACAGCACAGGACACAUUACCAUUAAUCUCCCCAUUAACACUCCGCCUGUCACUUCUAACUUGCUUCAUCCCAUCCUUCUUGCCACUUUCUGAAGCAGUUCUGGAAGUCCUCUUUCCUGAGUGCCUUUACAAAGUAUGGUAAAAAAUAUGGUCCGUGCUAUUGUGGAGUGCCAUUCUGCAGAAAGGCUCUCCCCGGAAAACAUUAGGCUGUGUCCCCUCCACCCUCAGUCACUAGAUCUGCCACUGUAAUCUCCAGCUCUUCCCCAAAGUGAAAAUGAUCCAGGUUAACCAUUCUGAAUUGAUUGAAUGUGGGAAGUAAUUGAAACUGGAAAUUGAACACGCAUGCAGUGCUGUGGCAUGGCCAGGGCAUGGCCAACCGAGAAGAGAGACGCCUCAAAGGGCAAGAUGAGGCCAAAGCUGAAGACACCUGGCUUCACCCCCAUUUAACAAGGUAGAGACUGUAAGUGCAGGCCUCUCACUCCUGUAGUGAAAUGCAACAUGGAGAUCUCAUCCUAAGACACUUACCCUAAAUUAACAUAAAAUAGUUCUCCUAAAUUAAUGUAAUCUGUUAUUUGGAAGUCUUUGAACCACUCCCAAGAUCCUGCUCAGUUUCUUGAGUUUUCCACUCUCACCCCUUCCUUGUUUGAAAAACUAAAUACAUACGGGCUGCCCAGUAAUGUUCCUUGUCUAGCCCCCCAGAGUCUCGAACUCUGUUAAAGGGUUUUGAUCCUCCUGGAGCCCUAAAAUCAUACCUCUGGUCUCAUUUAUUUAAGCCUCCACUGUACACUUGUUUGCGAGAUUGGGGAUCUUGGCCAGGCCCCCAGUAAUUGAAGACAUCAAGGCAGGUACUACAGUUUAACUAAAGAUAUGAAAGAAAACUUUCAGAACUGCUUCAGAAAGUGGCAAGAAAAUGACAGUGUGUCUGUUACUGUAAUAAAUUAUUUAAAUUUAAAUAUUCACCAUAUAUUAUCAUUAUACUGUAUGUCUAAUGUUGGUCCAGCCAAGGCCAAAUCUUACAACCUCCUCUUGUUCCUACAUAGAGUGCCUGAUGGCAAGUUCACCACAGUUCUCUGAGAGUCUUGUUCAGAAUUUCAUCUGCAUAAGUGCACGGGAUGAGACAUCCAUGCCCUUGAUGCUGUCAUUUGUUCCAGUUCUCUCUCCUUGAGAGCCUUUCUGGCCCUUUGAAGAAAAAACAAUAUGAAAAGUCUUUGCUCUGUUCUUGAAAACUCUACCAAACACCUAUUCUGAAUUUAACAUCACGUGCUGGGGAUCAGUCCCAAGGAUUCAGGGCUGGAUAAGACAGUACUACAAAAUGCAGAGAACAGAAGCACUGUGGGAGGCUGUGUGACCUGGAUAAUCUUCCCCUCUACCCGAAAGUAGCGUGCAUUGUCCUCUCAGCUGAGAUGAGGCUGAGAAGGGAGGGGCGUCGGGCAGCGUCCUUCUCAGGCUGCGGUCAGGGGCUGCAGUCCUGGCAGGACUGGCCUGGGGAGGCUCUGCUCACCUCAUGCCACAGCGCGUGGGCAGAUCCACAUUUUCAGAGGUUGUUGGCCUGGAACCUUGGUUCAUUGCUGGCUAUGGCUGCUGGGUUUUGCCACAUAGGCCUCUCCAAAAGGUGACUCACAGCAUGGUAGCCAGCUUCUGUUCCGAGUGAGAAAGGGAGAGAAACUCAGAGGCUGGAAUCUUUUUUGAAAUUAGUCUUGGAAGUCACAUCCCACUGCUUUUUUAUUGAGAUACAGUUCAACACUGCAGCACUGUCCUUUCUAUAGGGGACAAUCAAAGGGUUUUUAGUAUAUUCACUAAGGUGCACAAGCAUCCUAGCCAUUCCAGAGCAUUUUCAUCACCCCCAAAUAAACCCUGUCUGCAUUAGGGUUACUCCAUAUUCUUACCCCAGCCUCUGGUAAUCACUCGUUUUCUAGUCUGGGAAAUUGCUAUUAAUGGGCCCAUACAUGGCCUUUUGUAAUUGGCUCUUUUGCUUAGUAUAAUGUUUUCAAGGUUCAUUCAUGUUGUAGUAUGUGUAUUUCAUUUCUUCUUACAGCCAAAUAAUACCCCGUUCUAUAGAUGUAUCACAUUUUGUUUACCAUUCAUCCAUUCAUAUUGUCUCCACUUUGUGACUGUUAUGAAUGAUAUUGCUGUGUGAACAUUUGCACAUCUCUGGCUAUUACAAAUAAUGGCUGCUAUGAGCAUUUCACAGAGUCGCUUCUGUAUUCUUGUUAUUAUGAAUAAUGCUGAUAUGAAUAUCCAUGAACAAAUUAUAAUAUGGGCUUAUAUUUUCAUUUCCAGUAGCUUUUUAUGACUUGCUAUGACAAUGGUAUCCAUAGCACCAGGGAAGUGGCUUCAAAGUUUUAUAUUAUUUCAAAUAAAAAGAGAAAAAGGAACUGGACAGUGAUUAUAUAUGUGAUUGGAAUGUGUUUCAAGGAGAGGACUUUUGCAUUGCACCUUGAGUGCUGACAGUCCUACAAACAUGUCAACAAAGAAAUUCCCAGCAGAGAUAAGUGCAAAGGCCCUGAGAGAGGAAGCAGCCACUGUUUCUAGCCCAGAGGAAUGGUAGGCGGAGAGACUGAAGGGUGGGCAGCCACAGGUUGUAAAUCCCAAGAAAGAAGUCAUGACUUCUUUGUAAUUGAAGUAAAAGCCAUUGGAAGUGUUAAGUAAGCAGAUGAUAGAGUCUCACGCUUUUAAAAAGAUGCCUACUUGCAGAUGAUAAAGGCAGGAGCAGAAGCUGUGGGCUGUGUUGGGUGUCUGGAGUCUGUAAGACCAAUAUAGGCACUGACACCAAGUGACAGUAAUAGAAGUGGAUUCCAGGACCAUGCUUGCAGUUGUAGGUUGCCCUGACUCUGUGUCCGGGACCACAAGCCCCUAACUCUUCACGUCUGCGCCCUAGUGGCCAUCAACAGCCUGGCCACCCGAGGGCACCUGUAUAGGCAUGAUGGAGCUGCCACCAGUUCCACAGGUGGCAGGCUGGGGAGAAAGGACCAGCACACCCGACCAUGGGUUCCCUGAGCCCCCUCCGUGGUCAGCCGGCUCCUUCCCAGCCUGUUUCCCAGAAUGACGCCUUUGCUCGCAUCUCCUUCACCAGCAGGGAUUCCGAGCUUGUAAAUGUCUCUCUUUUAGAAUGUGAGCAGAGCGAAGAGCCGACUGUGUCAAACUCUGCACCCAAAUAUUUGAUUAUUUUCUGUUUUGCAGCUGAACCCCGUAUGUCAGUCUCAGGGCCUCCGGGAAGAAGAGGCCUGCCAGGCAGCCAGUGGAUAGAACUCUGCGUGGUGAUGCAUGGCGCACGCUCUAAAUUAGGCUUCUUGAGGCUCAGUUACUAAAGUGGGAUUUUCCAUAAUUAUUACCAAGUAAAAAUAGGAAAAUAGAUUUCAAGGGAAAAAAGUCACAGGCAAAAAGAGUCCAAUUCUAAACGUGUGCAUGUGCGUAACACAGAAUUUGCCAAACAUGAAUAGGCACUUACAAUGUGAGUCGAAUUGGCUCUGUCAUGUGUCAGCCUAAUAGCCUAAACCCCGGUUCAAUACAAUGAACUUGGGAAGCUUUGCUUAAUGAAAGAACUGACGUUUUCUGUGCGGUGGCUGCAUUCAUCAGCCCGCAUCCUGUUCAUUACACUACAGAGGGCUGCCAAUGGGAAUCGGUAGGGUCAUCUAUUAGGUAAACGUGAUGGGGACAUGUGGAGCCCUGUGGAGCUUUCUGCAGUGCUCCUGGUUACCGGGGUACUGGGCAGGGGGACGUGUUUCCCAGGUGGCGUGAGGGGUCUGGCAUAAUCUGGCCUCCCCAUCCUGGUCCUUACAUUGUUGGGACCCUGGAGAAAGGAAUUUUUCAUGUGAUCGUGGUUUUACUUUACUAUUGUGGGAUUUAUAGGGCAGUUCAUAAUUACUGAACUUUCUCUCCCCUUGAGCGCAUGGCAUGGCUGUCUUUCCCUGCCGUGUGGCUGAAAGUGGGGUGGGAGUGAUACGCACCUCUUUGAGGCAGAGACUGAAAAGCUUAGCCUGGGUUAUACUGCAGUUACUUUCGUUCUGCUAUGGUAACCAGCAAUAUUCUGAAUAUCAGCUUCGUUGUCAAGGUAGAUCUCAGGAGAAAGACCAAGAUAAGAGCCUCGCUGGAUCCAAGACAGGCAUACAGAAGUAAGUUGUGCUUCUGUGCAUGGCUGUGAGACACUGAGAUCUGGGGCUUACGUGUUACCAGGCCCCAACCUGGUCCAGCCUGACUGCUUAUUUCCACCAUAAGGCCCAGAGAGAUCCUAGUUUGACCAUCAGAACACCUGAAGCCAGGUCCGCGGCUCACAUGUACUAUUCUUGCAGCCUGUUUUGCAAGGUUGGGAUAUUGUACUUUGCUUUUUUUAAAAGAAUCAUUCUUCAGAUCUGCAUAUGUCGGUAAAUUUCAUUUCACCCACGGCACUGUUUGAUCUUGAUGUCCAUUUGAAGACCGAAGCAGAUUCCUUCAGCCGCAAGUAAGGCCUUGAGUCUUUGAGAAAUGCAGACCAAACAAGAUCUGCUGAUUGGCAAGGUCAUCUUGGGAAGGGCCGCUGUGGAGCAAGCAGCAAGUGCAUUAAUUCAGGGGGUUCGGUCCGUGCUUUGUGCCUCUUACCUAAUGGGACUGUUUGGUCAUGUGCUUUGCUGGGGAGAUUGGUGAUUGAAAGGAGAUUUUAAAAGAAGAGAUAAAAGUUUGCACUUAAUUCUCCUGACCUGUCCCAUUCUAAGGUUUGCAAGAAGGCUCCGUAGUACAUUAAGACUUAAACCAGAAGACAGCUUCUCCCGAGACAGUGUCCAUGUCCAGGGAUUGACAUAACAAAGGGCUUCAAGGGGGGUUGCAGGGAGGUAAGUGUCUAUAUGCUAUCUCUAGCCCUCGAAUGCAACUGCCUGCCAAAUUACACGUCCCUUGCAAAAUUGUCAUAGGGUUUUGAAUAUCGAAUUGUUGUGUGUUUAUUUACUAAAUUUAUUCAAGGUUAAAACAGUAUUUCCCCACACCCUCCCGCCAUCAGGCCUCAUCAUCUCCGUCCCGCAGGCGGCGGCGCAGUGGUGCUGUGGUGUUCCACGCAGGUGAGCACCUUCUCUGUUUCCCUCGGUUAAGUGUCGGAUGAGAAGCUGUAUGAGAGCAGCAUAGCAGCCAGCACGUGGUGUAAACACCGCACAGGAGAAGUCACAGGGCUUCGUUGUUGUCUGGCAGGUCAGGACGGGAAAGCAGCCUCUAUCCUCUGCUAACUGCAGCCUUUGUCCUGUUCCUCAGCCUCUCUCAAAUGCAGGUUUCUUUCCCAGCACACGGGACUCAGUGAGCCUCCUUGACACUGUCACCCAGCAGUAUUAGCAGAGGCGAAUUCAUGCUGGCGGUGCCCUCAGCCUCGCCCCUGCUGCCAGUGGAAUUGUCAGUGAGUGCCCCGUAGCACUGAACAAAAAAUUCAGUGGUGGUGAAUUUUAUUUUAUUUUAUUUUUUUUUACAUUUUUCAAUUUUUUUUUAUUUAAGGAGAAAAGAAAAAAAACAGUGAAGGGGUACAAGUUAUACAGAUUUACAGAAGAAAAAAGUGCGCAGUAGGAAAUCACUAGUUAAUGGAUUACAUAUUGCCAUCUUAGAAAUAAUUGUUCAAGUCACAAAACUAAAGCUUAUAGAGUGGAAUUCCAACAAUGAUACUGCAAACAGUUCUGUUCAAUGAUCCAAUAAAACUCUGUGAUAUCAUUUUCUAUCUUAUACACUUAAAUAUACAUGCAGUUAUAUAGUUUAGAGCACUUUCUUUUCCUCUCUUUUGUACAAUGACUAUUACACAUUUUGGGUUUCAUUGCUCCCACGGUUCUUAUUGCUUUUUUGGAAGAGAGUAAAACCAAAUGUGACAUAACAGAACAGAAUCGGUCAAGUCAAAAGGGUGGACAUAAUAGAUAAUAUAAAAACAUAAUACAAGGUGAUCAACAUUAUGGUAAACAUUUUUCAAUUUUAAAGAAAUUCUAAAUUGAUAAUCUGAAAGCAAAUAGUAUUUUAAAACACAGUGGUUUUUGAAGAAGGAACAUAAAACCAAAUGUACAAAAUUUCUCUUUUAGUUUUAUGUGGAAUUCUUGGAAGAAGUCAUUCAGAAGAAUUUGAUUAUGAAGAUGUAUUAUUUCAAAAUUAACAUAAUUGAAAUUCAUCUUACAAAUAUAUAUUUGAUAAAUAUCUGCAAUUUUGCCACCAAAUUAAAAUGAGAACCUAAUAUUUCAAAAUCUGUAAGAUCAAAACGUUCAGUUUAAUAAAAACACUUACCCAAAUAUCAAAACUGUCAAGCUUACGAGUAUAACAUUAAAAUCAUCACUUCUUAGUUUCUCAGUGCAAACAGGCAAACAUUGCAGUCAAACUUUUACGACAAAGAAAAAUUAAGUUCCUAUAAAAAGUCACAUUUGGAGAGUCUGUAUUUAAUAAGAACAUUAAAAUUUAAAUAUCCCUUAUGAAGGUUCAAAUCAUUAAGGUUUAGAAAACUCCAAAUCCUGUGAUUGCAGAUUUGUCAAGGCAAUUUAGCAAACACACCAGAAAACUGUUAUUGUGCCAAUAUUUUAUUAGCUUAACAGAUCUAUUUAUUUAACAGGACCCUGCAGUCGUAUAAAAUACCUUUUAUUUGGUGCACAUGAUGUAGCUAUCUAAGGAACUUUGCAUACUGGCAUUGAUUUCUGUUCCUAAGGAAUUGUCAUUUUAUACCAUUGUACAAUCUCUAGUACAGUACUAUGUGGUCAGGCAAAAUUUAAUCUGAUAUGUGGGUCGUUACCUGGACUUACACAGAUUUUGAGACUAAGAAUUUAUUUCUCCAGAUAGCCUAGUGUGCCCAAGAUUUCUCACAGUAACAGUAAAUCCAAGAGUUUCCACACAGACAGUCUCAGGUUCAAAAGUUCAUUAAAAAGAAUAACAGAAGUUAGUAAAACACAAAGCACCCACUGUUACAUUUAUCAUUGGGACAAACUACUGAUUUAAAUCGAAGGAAGUGAUGUAUAAGGUAGAGUGUGGUAUUGUCAUGGUUGAUGCAUUGUGUCAACAUGAGAAUGUUAACUAUGAGACUCAGCAGAAAGCUAUGGUUACUUUGUAAACACCCUGUGCAAGAGAAUGUCAAGGAGAUUUUAGGAGUGCUACACCUUCCCUGGAGAAGGGAGGUGACCCGUGCACAAUAUAGGAGAGAAAAAGAGGCUUGCUUUUGUUCUGACUGCUUCUGCUCUCUGCUGCCCCGAAGUGUUGCCCCCGUUCCAUGACACUCUGCCUUGGUGGUCAUGGAAUGAGACCUCAAGAAAAAGUGAGCUAAAUAAACCUUUCCUUCCUUCAUUCUAUGUGCUGGGUAUUUUGUUCCAGCAACCAGACAAAAGCAAUCAAGACAGAAUUUGGUACCAAGAGUGGCAUCACUACCAUGACCAUAUCUGAACAUGUUUGUACAAGGACCUCUAGGAAUGGCUUGUGAGAAGAGUGUGGAAAGCCUUGAAGAUGUUGCCUGAAAAAAUAAACCUGGAACAUCUUAGGCUGUUCUGUAUGGGAGAUUCUGGUCAGAGCUCAGAAGACCAGAAGGCUGAUAGAAAUCCUGCCUGGAAAGACCAGCUUGGGUGGUUUCUGUGGAAAGAAGGACGACAGUGGUUGUUGGACUCCACCCGUUCCAGGGCUACUCUUUCAAGUGACAUCUCCAAACCUUUCUGAACACUUCCCACAAGCCAUUUCCAGCGACUCUUGAAUAACAUGGUUUAGUAUGGUCACAGCAGUAACCAGUGGUGGUGAAUUUUAAAAAUGUAUUAUAGUACAGUCACAUUGCCAUUGGUCCCCCCAGGUCAGGCACACUUGUCCCAUUGCUCUUGCCACUUUCUGAAGCAGCUCUAGCAGUCAUUUUCUGUGAUUGUCCUCAGUUGUGUGGUUAUAGCUGCCAGAAGGUCCUGAAUGGAUUCAAGCAUCUGCUUUUCAUGGUCCUUUUGACCAUGGGGAGGCCAGAAUGCAGUGAGGAGGGGGAGGGAGACACUCUGUCAUGUUCUAGGAGCCUGCAUUCGGCUUGGUGACUGUCAGCCGCAGCCCCGACCACGUGUUUAUCACACCUCCUGAAGACACGGAAGAGGGGCUUCAGAGCUGCUUCAGAAAGAGGCAAGAAGGUGGGAUGAGUGUGUCUGAGUAUCUGGAAGGGGACUGGUGCCACGGUGUCUUUCACUGUGAUAUACUUUAAAAUUUAAUUUAAAUGUACACAUUGUAUUUUGAUCCUGCCGCCGUACGAUAUGAGUGGGAUGGCAGGCUCAGCCUUUAACACAAAAUCCAGGGUAUCCACAGGAGAACGAAGGAGGGGGCACUGAGGCAGCUGGCAGUCUUACACUACCCUAACCGGGGUCCUGACAGGGGCAGCCUAGAACCAUCUUCCUUUGGUCCCCAGGAUGAAGACCUUGCAGAGGGGCUAUCCGGGACUGUCUGUGAUGGAGCCCAGGUGGAGAAGUGUGUGGGUUCCAGAGCCAGACCUUUCUUGUCUGUAAUCCCCACUGCUACAACGUAAUAGUUUUGUAACCAUGGGUGAGCUGGCUGUCCGCUCUGACCCCAGUUUCUCUACCUGUAAAGUGGACACAGUAGUCCUUGUGAUCUCAUUGUGUAGUGUUGUGGGUAGGAAAGACUGAGUUUUAUGCAUAGCACUGUGCUCAGUGAACAUCUGGUGAAUCCUCCUCAGUAUAGAUGGCAGUGGAUUUCUUCAGCCCUGCUCGUCUGGUGGCCGACAGAGCAUGUCCCAGAUUUCACUGCUGGUGACAUGUUUCCCCCAGCACACCUCGCCUCUGCUCUGUAAUCUCGUGCAAAAUAGGGUCAAAGGGUUUGUUCUCGUAAUUAAAAACCCACUUCAAUGCUUAAUAUAAACACAAUCGCUUAUUCAAAGAAACGGUUUAUUUCAUCUUCUAAAACCCCCUGCAUGUAAAGUGUUCUCGUUCCAUUUACCAGCAGCGAGGCACAUACAUUUGCUGACAGCUUCUGCAAGAACUCAUGUGCAACUCCUUGGCAUUUAAAGUUGAGGUUUCUGCUCCUAGUAGCAGACUUUCUUUCUUCUUUUCUUUCUUUUUCCCUCUAGCAUACUAGGCAAGCACUAUGCCACGGAGAUCCCCUCGCCCCCAAUCCUGUGGCAAACCUCCUUUCAUAGAAGCAGAGCUGUCUCUUUCAACACCAUUUUUAGACCUGGACAGGUUGGCAUCACUAUGUAAUGAAUUACCUCAAGAUCAGUGUAUAUUUUCUAGGUACAUUUUUGGUGGAAAAUUUAACCUGAGAUGAUUUUCAUAAAAGGAUACUAAUCUGAAUAACCAUCCCUACCCUCUGUUGUUCUAAUGAACUUGUUUGGAAACUCUCUUUUGUUUCUCUGUCUCCUGCCCUCAUAUCAGAUUGAAUUUGCUUGUUCUACAGGUCACCUGAACUACGGGGCUGUAAUCAGUGGUCCCCAUCCUCUUCCUCUGAGUGCUGCUUCAUGGUCUCUGGGGUGUGCCUGUGGACCCCAUCCUAUUGCACCCUGCCAAAGCCUAUUUUAAAUACAGGUAGCCAUCAAAUCACGACUCAGUUCUUACACCCCACACACAUCUCUCCUUCUGUUAUUCAUGAGUUCCUUUGGGCCUGCUUUGAGUAGUACUUUCAGGACAGGAGCCACAAGGUACAAUGCCAUUAGGCAGCCAGAAAGGAUGAUAGAAGCUUCUAUCUGUUUCUUUGUCCACUAUUGAUCAUGUGUCAUUUGUGACUUACUAUUGUGUUCUUGUCUUCUUACUUUGAGCUGGCACUCAGGACUUAAGAAUGAAUCAGAAGCCUUUAGUUUAGGAAGGCCGAGACAUUGAGAAUAGUCAGCAGUGAGGAAAAGGCAUCUUACCUUUCCCAGGUAUAGCGGAGUGAAUGCGGGUGGGAGGAGGGCAGAGAGGUACAGAGAGGAAGCGUUACCAGGCAGGAGGCCAAGCAUAGGAGGAGUGCUUGCAGAUUUGCCCCAGAGGUUGAGCGAUGGGGAAGGACACAAAGCAGGGUCCUCCUGAGCAGUGGCAUAGUGUGUGCUGCAGCCCUGACAUGGCCUGUACAGUGCAUCUGACUUUCCCUGAGGAGGCAGGAUGGCCAGGUGAGCAGCGCUCCAGUGUUUUCUCCACCAAAGCUCUAAGUAAGACAUGGGGCCUUCUCUGUUUUAAACAGGGAGCGACCUUAAAAAGGCAGCUUGGUUUCAGAAUUGUUGGAGGUGCUGAAGGAGUAGUUCUGUGGUUAGUCUCCAAGAAUAGCUCCCUGAAUAAUACAGAAAUGAUCCACCAGGGAGCACCUGCCACUGAAAUCCUGACUGGGUGGCUAAGCCACACCUCCUGCACUGAUGGGACCUCCCGACUAUGCUUCCAGGAAGGUGGAGAAUGAGUCUCUUGGUAUUGGAAAUAGAAAGACAGAGAUCGUGGCCCAUGACAGAAGGAAAAGCCCACAAAAAGCUAGAUAUGCCCUCCCUCAUACCUUUGUCUGUGUGAUACAUGACAACAUCUAACAAUUGGGAGGAUGGUUUUACGUCCACGAUUAAAGCUACAAGGGAGUUCCAGAAAGGUAGUUUUAAUUUUACCACUUCUUCAACUAGGCUAGUGGAUAUCAACUAGACUAGCAGAUAUCUUGAUAUGGCUUUAUUCAGAUAUUUAAAAAUGCAGAUAUUUAAAUGAUUUUGUCAGAUUUAAUUAACUCCUUUUCCAGAAGACAACAUGACAAAGGUGCAGAGAUGCCCUCUUAGGAGAUUUCACAGUGUCUGGGCACUUUUUACUGUCACAACUGAGCAGAAGCAGUAAUGCUCCUGAAUUCUGGUGGGCAGUGAACAGAAGUGCUGCUAAACAUUCUUCAGUUCACACAACAUCCCCAACCACAAGAAUUACCCAGCCUCAAGUAAAAAAAAAAAAAAAAAAAUGCUGAAGCCAACAAGGUUUUGUUUAAGGAAAAAGCAAAAUAUUUUCUCUGUUUCCCUUUUGUGCAUGUACCACUGUUUCAUAGAUGGAUUUUCAUUAUUAGAAUGAAUCCUCCGGAAAUGGUAGUCUUGUGUCCCUUCAUGUUCUGCACCAGCUGUGUAUUUUGUUUUGAUGGGAUUCUUUCUCUUCCCAUCCCCAGAGGCAGGACAGAAGGACUAGGCAGUGGCAGACUUCUUUCUGGCUGCCUUGGAAGCUGUUUCUAUUUUCAGGGUUUCUUGACAUCCGUGGGCCAGGUUUAGCUCUCCCCUCACACCUUGUCUCCUCUUCUCUCCCACCAGCAGGUCCAGCUGGAACACAGCCAGGCCACCUGGGACUUGGCAAAAUCAGGUGGCUUGUGGUGAGUUACCAGCCAGUCUUGGGUUACACCCUUGCAUGUUUUCCUGUGCAUCUGUCUCCACUGACUGUCCCAUGGUUCAGAGAGGGAACAUCUUGACUAGCUCUGCAGUGACUCUAGUUUAUCAAGGAAGUACACAGUGAUGCCAUCAUGAGCCUCAUGAUGCUGUGGGCUUGCCUGGUGCCUGGCUUCGAUGGGAUCUCUCAGACCUGGUGCCUGAGCCACUUAGGGACCAUCAGGCUUGUGACUGGAAAUCCACCUGCCUCUCAUUGUGGGUAACCCUGUAACAGUUGGUUACACAUGCUGCAGAUCUUACAGCCCAACGAGAGGAACCCAGAAGGAUGCUGUACUGGCUGAUAGUCAGAUUUUUGGUUUUAGUCAGAUUUUUGUUGCAGUGUCAAAUAUCUGAGACAAGCCAUUUAAAGAAGAAAAGGCUUGUGUUGGCUCAUGGUUUCAGAGGGUUUAGUCCUGAAACAAACACACCUUCCAGGGCAGCCAGGAAAAAGAAAUCCUCAUUAUAAGUCACCGCCCAGGCCUUCUUCUUGCCUCUGGGCAUGGGAGGAGAAACAAUUCAUCCCUCAAUCGAACAAAAACAAGCAAAACAACAGCCCUAGACGAUUGGUGAGCAGGAAGAAGGGACACAGGACAGCUCUUCCCAGAGGAUCCAUUCUAACAGUAAAAAUCUAUUGGAGAAAAAAUGUACAUGUGUGGAGUGGACUAGCUCCCAUGGCGGAAGAUCGUGAUGGAAGGGCACGGCAGAAGAAGACUUCUCCCUCAUGGCAGCCAAGCAACAGAAAGUAGAUGAAGAUCCAGAAUGUAUGGACCAGGGAAAUACAGUCCCUUUGAGCCACCCAAACACAUCCAGAAGCCUGCUUUCCUCAUCCCCUAGUUGCCUCUCAAACCAACCAAGUUGUCCAUCAAGAUUAACCAUCCCAAACAAUGCCUCCCCAUUUCAUCUCUCCACGGAGAGCUGGAUGUGACCUUACUUGAACACAAGAUCUUUCAGAUGCUAUCAUACCAGGUUAGGGUAGGAUUUAACCUCAACUGCAGUGUCCUUAGAAGAGGCAGAAAAACACAGAAUAUAGUGUGAAGAUUGGACUAGAGAUUGGAAUUGUGCGUCCAGUGCUGGGGACAGCAAGGACUGCUAGUCAUCAGCAUCAGCUGAAGAAGAACCCGGGGAAGUUUCUCCCUCAGAGCUUCCAGAAGGGUUCAAACCUGUGGACAUUUGUGUCUCAGGCAGAUGGCUUCCUGAACUGUGAGGUCAUAGCCGAGACAUUUCUGCUGUGAUGUCAGCCUUUUUCUGAUGUCAGAAAUGAAUACAGAUUCUGGAGUGGCUUAGCUUACUUAAUACAACUCCAUCAGGUGGUCCUUAGCAUUGCUUCCAGAUGGCCACCACUCUGAAGUUGGAUGCUGACCUGGUUCUCUGCUGGUGCUCCAGAGCCCUGGUUUCCUUGUCUAUAAAGUGGAGAUUCCCUCUGUCCACUAAAUGGAGACACCAUAUGUAAAGCAGUUGGCAAGACGCCUGGUUCCCAGUAAGUGACCAAUAAAUAACUACCCUGAUUAUCAUUGCUAUCAUUUAAAAUGUAAAUAUAUUUAAGAAUGCACCGUCAAUAUCCAAUUACCCUUGCUAAUAUAGAGGAGUAAAGGUAUGGAUUGCAAAAUGCAGUCUACCCUAGCAAAUUGGUUUAAUUUUAGCAAGUGGGGAGAUGGACAGACAUGUGCUUAGUUUUGGGGAGUGCAUUUAUUCACUCAAAGCCCACUGUGUCAGGGUAUGGCCUAUACUGGGAUAAGGAACAAAUAUAAUUUUAGACCAUCUGUGGAUAACAUCAUUCACUCUUUGGUGCUUAAGAGUUAAAUAUGACGCUAAGCAGUGAGACCCUGAUUAAAAUCUACUCUGUCAUUUUUUACCACUCCCUUUUUCCCAAGAGUUGAGAAAAUCAGGAUAGUAGCAGAUAUCUUGAUAUGGCUUUAUUCAGAUAUUUUAAAAUGCAGAUAUUUAAAUGAUUUUGUCAGAUUUAAUUAACUCCUUUUCCAGAAGACAACACGACAAAGAAAUUCUCAUGCAGCUUUGUGGGAUCUGCAUCUCUCUCUCUCUCUCUCUCUCUUCCUUCCUUCCUUCCUUCCUUCCUUCCUUCCUUUCUCUCUUCCCCUCUUCCUCUCUUCCUCUUUCUUUUUCUUCUGUGUUCAAAGUCACAGCUGAGAGCAGGAAACCCUCCCAGAUACAUGUGAAUGCAAGUUAGGGGCAUUUCUGAUGAAAAUCCAGUGUGGGAGGCCACUGUUCCUGCUGACACUGUGCUCUGUAGCCAAGUGUGAUGAUCAGAAAAUGUGCAUACUGAAGAGACCAUGAAGCAGCAGGAAGGGUUUGGUCAUUUUGACCAAGACUGGAGUGUGAGAGUGCAUGUAUGUGUGUACAAAUGCACACUCCUUUUGUUCAGCCUUCUGUGGGCAUCCAGGGGUGCAUAGGUGUGCCAGGUGGCAGGCAGGUGAUUAUGACCACUGUGUUUCCAAACUGUGCCCAAACCGCACAUUAUCAGUUCAUUGCAACUAGAGUAACCAGAUUUUAUCCUUUACAAGGAGAACAGCCAAAAAGAUACUUAAAUAAAAACGACUGGAUGGAGUUUUAAAAGACAAAGUGACCACAGAGGUCCCCAGAAGACCAUCCCUGGUCUGGAGCCCCCCAUUUCGAGGGCCAACAUUUGUACUGAUUAUGGCCUGACAGCUCUUGAGUUUCCAAUGAUAACAGCCAUCUGACUUGAUCGGAGUUCAAUGGAUUUUCACUAAAAUAGAAUCAUCGCCUUGGUGAUGGAUAGAAAAAGUAAAGCAAUACAUCCUGAUAAAUGCUCUGCCUGCCUCCUUCCUCUCCCCGGCGGUGACCUUGCACAAUCCAUAAGAGAGCGGAGGCAGAGCCCGGGCCACCGCCGCAGCACAUCAGGACUUGGAAAUUUAAGUAGCUUUGAAACUCAUCAAUGGGGUGAAGGGGGAAUGGUCUGAGAAAGCAAUGGAUCAUGCUUAGAGGGCUCGGAGGGAAGUAGGGUAUGCUGAAGGUCAGUGAGCAGGCAUGUCCUGGAGGGACGGCCAGCGCGCUCAUUUUCAUUCAUGGGAGGCUGUGGCCCUGUGAUGUGAGAUCAGGAGAAGACUACAAUGAAACCGGAAUUUUCAGAGCCUGUGAUUUCUUCUCUAGAGUGAAGAAUAAGCAGGAACCUAGAGCAAGAGGGUGCCCUGUCCUGGGCUCUGCCUCCUGGUAGCAAGGGUGGGUGUACCAGGCGUCCGGAAUGUUUCAAAUCUGAUUUCCAAUUCAGUUACCUUAGCCACUUGUGGACGCUUUAAACAUUAUUGAUCACCAGCAAUCACACCAUUGCUGCAAUAUGAAGGAACCACAUCUAAAACAGGACAGCCUGGAGACCCGAGGACUAGUUGCAUCCCCAGCCCCCAAGUCCCGUACCCCAGAAUGAAAGAGAUGCUUCUGGGUGGUUGAAUGGCCAAGAAGUUAGAGGUUGGCAGGCACCCAUUAGGGUUGGUUACAACUUGCUAAAGGAAAAUAUUAAAAUAAAAAUUAGAUCAUAAAUUUGGAGCCACGGUAACCAAGCCUAAAGUGCAAAUUGCCAAACAAGUCAAGAGACUCAUUAGCAUUUUAUGUAAAUCAGUUAUUACUGUUCUCCACUUCCUUAAUUAUCCAUGUUAUUUCAAUACAACCCUUUCUUUGAUGUCCCAAUUCUAUAUUUAAAUAGUGCAAGAUUUCUAUCGUAUCCUCCCGCAGAGGUUUGUGCCAUGCAAAAAACAUGCCAAGAGCAGCUCUUUCCGGGACUAUAGGGAAAUGUUUAAUUGGUUCAUCCCAUUUGAGUUAUGAGGGCGUAUUACUGAGCACAUAAAAUCAGAAACAUGGAAAGCACUAGCUUGGAGAAGUUUACUGAAACCUGCAAGAGACCACUUGAAAUCUUGCCCGCAAGACUUCAGAUUCGCGGUGGGAACUAAUUCAAAGCGUAAUUUUGCAAACUUCAUUGAAUUCUGGUAAACAAUCGAUUUAUAAUUGAAAUAUUUGGAAAUAAAAUCCUGUGACCAUCUUCCCUGUGGCACACAGAGUUGUUCUUUUGGUUGGAUAAAGAGAGCACAGGUGACAGAGAGAGGAAGAGAUGUAGCCGGAGGAGCAGAGGAGACACAGUCUCUGCCCUCACACUAUUACAGAGUAAGUUCACUGAUUUCUUUUCUCGUCUAUCUAAAGUUAGUAAGAGACUCACAAGUCACAAGAGUUUGAAAUAGCAGCAUAGCCACAGAAAACUUAACACCUUUUUGUGUAGCUGUAGGCUGUGUACUCUGCCAUCUGCCUUUCUCUUCCUGCUGGCCACCUCAUAACCCAAACUGCCUUUCAGAUACUUUAUUUAAAAAAAUAAGAAUCAAGGAAAAAAGUCUUUGAACAUGAAUUGUGACUAGAGAUGGGGGAAAUCUGCCCUUCCCUUGUGUAUUUGAGCCAUCGCUCUGUCAGAUCUGUUUCCCUCCUGGAAGAAGUAACAGAUCGGGUGCAGCUGGUACACAGUGUGGGGUCCACUGCCAGGCAGACUCAACUCCAAGGGCAUGCAGUGCGUGGGCCUCUCUCACAUCUUCUACCUGAGUGUCCCCUCAUGAAAUGCCUUUAGCAGUGCUAUGCUGAGGGGUUGUUAGUGAAGUGUGUGUUAAUACAUGCAGUGUUUAGUGGAUAGUAAGCACUCAGAAAAUGGCCGACUUGAGCUCUAGGACACGUAUUGGACAGAAUGUUUGCACAGAUGAUGAGAUUGUGACACGAAUCCUUAAAACAUUCAUCAGCAUAAGAAGGAUUAUGAUUAUGCAUAUUUAGCAGAUAGGAAAAUGAGAUUUCCAAAGACCUGGGAUUUUAAUGCAAAAGUUUUCCAAGCUUUAGAUAACAGUCAUACAACAUGGUAAGCAUACAAUUAACUAAUUUAAAAAAUCAGGGUUUCUGUAUCUAUCUGCUUCAGUAAUGUUUGUAGAAAACUCAUCUUUGCAUGCUAAAGUCCUUUCAGUUUUAACCUGGUUGACUGGCUACUAAUUUAAUAAAUUCUUUUAUGGACCUUGGCAUGUCCCAGGCAAUUCUCUAAGUACUUAUAACUAGUAAUUCAUUUUACCAUGUCACAUAAACUUAUUUUGUGAGCCAGUAUGGAGUUUUGUUGGAAGGUUCCAAGACUCUGGAAAACUGGAUCUCUCCCUUCCUAGUAUUUAGAAUCUUAGCUAUCCCUGGGUACUAGCCCCUUGAAAAGAAAAAGAGAGAAAAAAAAAAAAAAAGAAAAGAAAAGAAAAAAGAA